CCAGCGCACAGGGGUGUGGGCGGAGGCAGCCCCGCGCCCGCGCUUCGGGAGUCGCUUUGCCUCUUCCACCCACUCACACCUGCUACCGCGCGGAUACCAUGUCGAAGGCGGCCGGAGGCGCGGCGGCGGCGGCGGCGGAAAGUUGUCCCCCAGCCCCGGCUGGGUCGUCCGCAGCCGCCGCCGUGGAGGACCUGUCCAAAGUGUCUGACGAGGAGCUGCUGCAGUGGAGCAAGGAGGAGCUGAUCCGCUGCCUGCGGCGCGCCGAGGCCGAGAAGGUGAGCGCGAUGCUGGACCACAGCAAUCUCAUCCGCGAGGUGAACCGCCGCCUGCAGCUGCACCUGGGCGAGAUCCGCGGGCUCAAGGAUAUCAACCAGAAACUCCAGGAGGACAACCAGGAACUGAGGGACCUCUGCUGUUUCCUGGAUGAUGACCGGCAGAAAGGCAAGAGGGUGUCCCGGGAGUGGCAGAGACUGGGCCGCUACACGGCCGGGGUGAUGCACAAGGAAGUGGCCUUAUACCUGCAGAAGCUGAAGGAGCUGGAGGUGAAGCAGGAGGAGGUGGUGAAGGAGAACAUGGAGCUCAAGGAGCUGUGUGUGCUGCUGGAUGAGGAGAAGGGCACGGGCUGUGCGGGCAGCCGCUGCUCCAUCGACAGCCAGGCCAGCCUGUGCCAGCUUGCUGCCUCCACCGCGCCCUAUGUGCGGGAUGUGGGUGACGGCAGCAGCACCUCCAGCACCGGCAGCACGGACAGCCCCGACCACCACAAGCACCACGUGAGCAGUGGCAGCCCCGAGCACCUGCAGAAGCCCCGGAGCGAGGGCAGCCCCGAGCACUCCAAGCACAGGAGCGCCAGCCCUGAGCAUCUCCAGAAACCCAGGGCCUCUGGGACCCCAGAUCACUCAAAAGCACUCAAAGGACCCAGUCCAGAGCACCACAAACCCUUGUGCAAGGGCAGCCCUGAACAGCAAAGGCACCCGCACCCAGGGAGCAGCCCAGAAACACUGCCCAAGCACGUGCUCAGCGGGAGCCCUGAACACUUCCAGAAGCACCGGUCAGGGGGCAGCCCUGAACACGCCAGGCACAGUGGAGGCAGCCCAGAGCAUCUUCAGAAACAUGCCCUGGGUGGGAGCCUGGAGCAUCUCCCGAGAGCCAGGGGAACCAGCCCGGAGCACCUCAAACAGCAUUAUGGAGGUAGCCCUGAUCACAAACACGGAGGAGGCGGCAGCGGAGGCGGAGGCAGCGGCGGAGGCAGCAGGGAGGGUACCCUUAGACGGCAGGCGCAAGAGGACGCGUCACCCCAUCACCGGAAUGUCUACAGUGGCAUAAACGAAUCAACCUUGUCCUAUGUUAGGCAGCUGGAGGCAAGAGUAAGACAGCUGGAGGAAGAAAAUCGCAUGCUGCCCCAGGCCACCCAGCAUAGAAGGCAACCUCCAACUAGAAACAGCUCAAAUAUGGAGAAAGGCUGGGGGCCCAGAGCCCAGCGGGUGUUGCAGUGGUGGCAAGGGUGCCGAGGAAUAGGACGAUGCCUGCCCACUCUCCCGGGUUCUUUUAGGUUGUCAUCAGGGGCUGAUGGGAGUAACAGUUCACCCAACUCUCCAGCUAGCUUCAGUGGACAUACCACACCUUCUCAGCAGCCCGAACCUGUGGUACAUUCUCUUAAGGUUGUGUGGAAGAAACUUGGAGAUGCUGCAGGUUCAUGUCCUGGAAUUAGGCAACAUUUGUCAGGAAACCAGUACAAAGGACCAAUGUGA